AGCCAAGUUGGUGAUGCCCCCUCUUUCUUUAUUAGCCCCAAAUUUGAUCCAACUCAACAUCCUUCCCUGUCUGUCUCUCUCAUCUGCAACACUAGCAAAGGUAUAUGCUUGCCCCACUCCAAAAAUAAUUGAACUCACACUUCAUAAAAUAAACUUACAGAAUGUGUCUUCCAACCAUUUAAUUUGGUCCACUUUUGUCUCAAAUCUUCAUGUAAAAGAUGGGGGUAGAAGGGAAAAGGUUGCACUCCAUGCUCCAAAAGUAGUCAAUUUUGACUUUUGAAAGCUUAAAUCCAGAACUGAAAGAAAAAAUAGUUUGACUUUUGUUGACUAUAUUUACAAUGCCAGUUCCUCUAGCUCCAUAUCCAACUCCUCCUGCACCAUUUGCACCCCCUGCAACUGGUUCAGAAAGCCAAUUAGUAUGUUCAGGAUGUCGAAAUCUUCUUCUUUAUCCCGUAGGAGCCACCUCGGUUUGCUGUGCGGUUUGUAGUUCGGUCACUGCUGUUCCUCCUCCUGGUACCGAAAUGGCACAAUUGGUAUGUGGAGGUUGUCACACUUUACUCAUGUAUAUUCGAGGAGCAGCAAGCGUACAAUGUUCAUGUUGUCAUACCAUCAAUUUGGCCUUAGAAGGAAAUCAAGUAGCACAUGUAAAUUGUGGAAACUGUAGAAUGUUAUUGAUGUACCCGUAUGGUGCUCGUUCUGUGAAAUGCGCGGUUUGCCAGUUCAUUACAUCUAUCGGGGCUUCGACAAGCAAUAUAGAGCAGAAGCUCGUGACAUGAAAGUUUGUAACGACGUCUCUCUUUGCCUACAUCUAUAGAGUUACAAGUUUUCUCUUGCAAAAGAAUACUACUACUACUGUUAUCAUCUUUGAUGCUUUGUAAUAAAUAAAAUUACCUUUUUUUUGUGUAUAUCUUAUGUAAUUUUUCUAA